AUGGCAUCUGGCAAGUUUCCGCCUUUCUGCCGAGUGUUCAUAGGCAACCUUGCUGCUGAAAAGACUAGCGUGCAUGAAAUCGAGAGAAUAUUUUCCAAACAUGGGAGAUUAGCUGAGCCGCCUGUGCUCCGAAGGAGUUUCGGGUUUGUGCAGUACGAUGAUCCCCGCGCAGCGCAGGCAGCCAUUGAGAAGGAGAACGGAACUGUGAUUGGAGGGCUGCGAAUCGAUGUGAACAUGGCUGACAAUCGGGCCGUGAGGAGCAAGGAGGAGAGGAGGGCAGAUCGAAACGCAGGCAACAAGAGAGAGCGCGAGGAAAGAAUGCCUCCUCGCGGCGACAGUCGCAGGCACAAAGGCGAUGACUUCUCACGAUCAGAGUUCCGCGGUCGCGACAGGGACCCGCGAGGCGACUUUCGGUCGGGGGGAGGGGGAGGCUCUCGCGAUCCUCGGGCUCCCUUCGAGCCUCCCAGUAACCUGAUUGAUGUUUUCGUUGUGCGCGUGGAUAAUGCAGGUCGAAGUUACUGUCUGUUUGUUGAAGAAAAUAUUACCAACUUGAACCUCCUGUACGAGAUGCGGGAAGUUGACCUUCCAGAUUUGCCUGAGGCUCUGAAAACUGCUGCGGAGAAGUCCCAAGUGAAGCACAUCAUGGUGGUGGGCGGGCGUCAUGAACAUACCGAGACGGUCACGUUGGGCACCAGACUGCCGAGCGGCAAGGUAGAAGAGUUCCGAGAGAUGCCAGUCCAGCAAGCCUUCCGGCAGCUCGCCGGUCAAGUUGGCCCCAGUCCGUCUGGGCACGCAUCCAUGUCAGGUGGAGGCCAGUCCGGUCGAGGCAAUCCUUACGGCCCUCCGAUGCGUGACCCUCGCCCCCCUGUCCCGGGUCCCAACCAUGGCGCCUCUCCCCUUCCCAUGCAGACCGGCCGUCCGAUGGGUCCUUCGGGACAAGGUUCUAGUGUGAGAGGAGGGCCUCUCCCGAUGGGAGGGAGCAACGGUCCCGUCCCUGGUCCUUACUCGGCGAGCUCGACGAGCAUGCCAGGGGGUCAAAGUCAGCCUAAGAUGGGGUCGGGCAUGCAACCAGGUGCGGUGAAUGACAUGCUUCAGAGCUUGAUCCAGCAGGUUCAGAACAGCGGAGGCAUCUCAGCCCUCUCCAACGAGUCCACCCGCGCGCAGGUGUUGCAGGCGCUGCAGUCUAACCCCCAACUCGUCCAAGCCCUGGUGCAGAAGAUGCAGUCGGGGCAGCUCCCUUCUGCCGCUUCCUUCCUCUCCUCAGCUGCUUCGGUCCCGGGGAUGCAACCCUCGUCCUCUGUCGGGGGCCUCGCGCCUGCCCCUCACGCCCAUCCCGUCGCCUCCAGCUAUCCCGGCGGCAGCUACAGUGCGGGUCUCCCUCCUCAGCCGAGUGCGUCUGCGUCGGGGAUGGCAGGUCAGAGCAUGGGGAUGUCGUAUGGGGGCAUGGAAGGUCAGCUCAUGGGCGGCGGGCAGUCGGCGUCUCCCAGUCUGGACGUGAAUAGCUUGAAGGAUCUCCUCGCAGCCACGGCCCCUCUGCUCGGGCAGGGCAGCGUCCUCCCCCAGUCGUCGCAGCCCAUGCAGCAAGGAUCGUCGCAGCUGCAGCCUAGCAGUCGCGCUUACGAGUCGGAGACAAGCUCUGCCUCAGCCCCGAGCAACGCAGACCUUCUCAGCUUCUUGACUCGCGGCAGCUCCGGGGCAGGAGCCAGCAGCAGCGACGCACAGGGCUACAUGUCCCAGCAGCCCUCCCAGCAGCCGUCGGCCUCACAGGCAGGUCGGUCGUCUUAUCCUCCCAUUGUGCCCUCAGGGCGGCCGGGAGGUGCCGGUCCCCCCGGAGCUCAGAGGUUUGGUCGCUAA